UAUACUCCAUUUCUUAACAUGAUGUUCCCGAAGUGACGUUCAGUGUAUUUUCAUAUUGAAACAGUUCGGGGAUCGACGUUUGGCUAUUGAAUGUUCUACAACGAACGAGGGAGGAAAAAAAACGGGCAUACAGAUCGGUGGUGCUGUCUCUCUGGUCAACGACCGUGAAAAAAUUCGCGUGAUCAACGAUACGACCGCAGGGCGACGGGUCAAAUUCUCCUCGUUUGUACUUCGUAUUGUGCUAUUUGGAAACGUCGAUUUUUUAUCGUCUCUUUCUGUCCAAGGAGCCGUCGGACGUUAUCAAAAUUGUCUGCGUGCUUCAAUUGGAUCAUUGAAUUCAAAUCUCGAGUAGAAAUAAAAUACAUUCUUUUCUAUUUCCGAUUAGUUACGUAUAUUCUUGAAAAGACGGUGCAUGACAUGCAAAGUGACUUCGUUACGCGAGGCUCGACGUCGAAUUAAAUUAAUAAUAAACAAUGUAACGACUCAUGAAUGUUUCUUUUGAACAUUCGAAGCGUGCAUUCUUAUCACGCGUUGAGCCUGAAGGUCGUAAUAAUCAAGGGCGAAUUUUUAGAGCACUCUGUCGUUAAAUGCUCGAGGAAGUGCUCGGCUGUGCUCGGCUGUUAGAAACCUUCGGAACCGCAAUCGCGUACGAACAAUUUCCAACAAUAUUCUAGUGAAUCGUCGGACCGUCGUCCGCCUUUUUUUUUACUACGAUGGACACCGACGUGGAAUCAUGUUUGAAAGACUGGAACGAUUUAACAGAGCACGAUUACAAGGAAUUAGAAACAUUGCAUAAAGAGUACCUUACAAAAUUAGAGGAGGUGACUGAACUUCAGGCAAGAUGUUUGAAAGGAAUAGUGCAUCAAAGGUACAGGAUGGGUGUAAUUUCCAAAUCACUCAAAGUGUUAAAGGCAAAUGAAAUACAGAAGGAUUUAAGUAAACAAAUGACAAAAAGGAGACAGCAGUUGCAUGAAAUAGAACAAACUUUGCCGAAACCAAACGGCACGUACCUCAAGAUUAUUUUAGGCAAUGUUAAUGUCUCUAUAUUAAAUAAAAAUGAUAAGUUCAAAUAUAAAGAUGAAUAUGAGAAGUUCAAGUUAGUUCUUUCUGUAAUUGGCUUUAUCUUAUCAUUAUUAAAUCUAGUAACCAAUAUCAGAACGUUGGAGCUUAGUUUCAUGUUCGUGUUAGUCUGGUACUAUUGUACACUGACGAUACGAGAAAGUAUAUUGAAGGUAAAUGGUUCAAGAAUCAAAGGCUGGUGGAGAUUUCAUCACUUCCUUUCAACUGUAAUAUCUGGUGUUUUAUUAGUAUGGCCUAAUACCGGGCCGUGGUAUGCAUUUAGGCAACAGUUCAUGUGGUUUAAUCUGUACAUAAGUAUAGUACAAUAUCUACAGUUCUGUUAUCAGCGAGGCGUUCUAUAUCGUUUGAAAGCAUUAGGCGAAAGAGAUAAUAUGGACAUCACUAUCGAAGGUUUUCAUUCGUGGAUGUGGCGCGGACUAUCCUUCUUAUUACCAUUCCUUUUCAUUGGAUACAUAUUCCAAUUGUACAACGCAUACGUAUUGUACUUGUUAAUAUCUCACCCAGAUGCGACGUGGCACGUUUCAGUCCUCAGUGCCAUGUUCUUGGUAUUAUUCCUGGGCAACACAACCACCACCACCCUGGUAGUCCACCAAAAAUUAAGAGAACAAGUGAGAGAACAGGUGAGAUACCAUUUCCCGAGAGUGUUCGCGUCUAAACCGGAAUGCAAGAAGGAAGUGAAUGGAGAAGAGGAUGCCAAAGCUCAGAAAAGCGAAUAAACUCAAUUGGAAGGAAAUAAUAAGAGAAAUAGUAAACACUUUGAAUGGGUAAAAUAUAAAUAUCACGGGUCUAAAGUUAAAGGUAAUAUAGAAACGGGAUUUACAUAGAGUGUGGGUGGGGUACCCGAAUCAGGAGGCAUGGGCCAAAAAAGCAAACCAGAAAGUAGAUCAAGUAUUAUAAGAUUCUUUCCUCCACGUGUCGAUGUAUUUCUACAAUUAUAUUCAGAGCACAAGACUACCUAAUGUACCGUUUAGUUCGUCGUAAUGUAGAAUCUACUCUCGGAGAAUAUUCGUUUCGUAUGCCCUUUCAUAUCGCAACAAAAUAUUUCCCAUUUCGGUGAACAUUUACUCCUGUACGGAGAAGCAGCAUGAUGUACUAAAAUGGAUUUACUGCUGAUUUUAAUUUGGAACUAAAAUUGUACAAUGAAGUUUAAUGUACUGUUCGCACGUAGAAAUUUAUUAACCAAGUCUCUUUAACAGUUACUUCUAAGCUUUACUUAUAACUGUCAAGUAAAUUAACGUUUUAAGCAUCAUGUUUUAUUUGCUUACUUAUGCAUAAAUGUAAAGUUAUAAGUUUACGCUUCGAUCAAUAAUUUAAAACAAUCAUAUCUUGUGGACACAUCUAAAGAAAAAUGGAGUGAAAAGUAACAAGUCAAAUGAUAUUUACAUAUAAUUGUAUAUAAAUUUGAAUCUUUCCAGUAUGUCUGUGUUCGAGUGAUGUAUUAGGUGUGUAACCCGUUAUGAUAAUUUAAUUAAAGUAACAUAUAUUCAGGCACACCCAUAUAUUCAGUACUCACAGAUAAUAAUCGUUUAUAGUCGUGCAUGAUAUUCGUUUAAAAAUAAUGUAAUAUAAAUCUUA